UAUGGAACGUUUAGAAGCUGAACAAAUCUAUAAGGAAAUCGAUCAACGUAUGAUGGAAUACCGUCAAUUAUUUACACAAUUGAAAAUGAGCCAAGUACCAGAACGUGUAAAGUUACAAUUAAGUGCACUUAGACAUGAUCCAAUAUUUGCUAAUACACAACGGAAAAAGAAAUUAGAUUUAAGAAUCAAUAAAAAUGCUGAAUAUUUCAAAAAAACAGAUAUUGGUGGGAUAUUACAGGGAUACAAAGAUUCAAUUACACCGGAUGGAUGGCAAAUGAUUAAAGAACAGAAACAGGAUUGGGUAGAUAUCUACUCAAGUAAUGAUAUCUAUGAAAUUAUGAGAAAAUCGCCGGAUAAUAUUUUAUGCUUAGGUAUUCUUGUUCAACGAGACGAAGAAGCUAUUAUUAAUCCAACAAAAGGUUUAAAACUUUUGAGCCUUACUAAUACAAUCAUUUCAUAUGAUUCAUUUAUUAAUGCUAUGAAUGUAGCUAAAAAUGAUCAACAAUCACAAGGACAGUUUACUACUUUGAAUGAUCUUUAUUGUGUAGCUGGUACUUUAUCAGGUGAACGAAUAAAUGCUGUCAUACCGUUGUAUAUCAAUGAUGAACAUAUGAAACGAAUACGUAUUCUUGAGGGUAUAUGGCUUGGUUAUCUUUACACUUUAGAUAGUUAUGGAUAUGAUAAACAACAAGAAGUUGGUUUAUUAAAAUUACUCUAUCAAAUAAUUCAACAACGUACAGAUACACAACGACAAAAACAAAUUUUAACUGAACUUGAAAAAGUAUGUCAAUUUAUUAUCAAUGAAUCGCAAGGUUUUAAAACAGCUGAACAACAUGGUGAGAAAACAUAUGAAAAAUUAUUGAAUCGACAAGUCAUUGUAAGUAAUGAAGACUACGAUCUAUGUAUACCAUUGAUGAUUGGAUAUUUAAAAAACAAUUUAACAAAUGUCCUUUUACCAGUUUAUUAUGAAUAUCUUAGACAAGAGUACCAAAAGCGAUAUAGAAAAAAGUCAUCGGAAACGAAACAAAUUGUUGAAAAACUUAUCUAUGGUUGCGAAGCAAAACAUUUUAUGAUGACUGUUAGUAACACUAAUCAAAAUAAUACUACAACAAUGAAUAACAAUUCUGAUUAUAUAGAAAAAAGUUUUAUCGAUUAUUUUCAUGACGAAUUAUGUAAACCAAUUCAAUUAAUACCAGAAAAAAUUACAAAUGAUAAUCGUAAACUUAUUAUACGUGAUGAUACUGAACUCGAUUAUAUUAAAAAUUUUAUAUUGCCAAUACCUGAUUUUCUUACGACUAUGUUAAAUUAUUGUCAAAUUGACGCGAAUUACAUUGAAAAACAUUUAGAUUAUGAUCAUUUGAGAUGGGAAUUAUUAAUUACAUUUUACUAUUUGAUUUAUUCGGAUACAAGUAGUGGAGGUUUACAGAAUUUACCAAAUAAAGACCGUAUAUUAUCUGUUAUUGACGAUAAACUACAAGGUAACAAAGAAGAUGUCAUUGAUUAUGAUGAUUCAUCGGAAAAUGUACGUCUCGUUAGUUAUGUUGUUCUUCGUUGUAAAACACUUGAAGGUUUUGCUGGUUUAAUGCGCAAAUAUUGUUCAAAAUGUCGUGGUCCAAUAUUUACUGAAAUUUUUAAACAACUUCUAUUAACAUAUGAUAAUGAGAAUAAUGACACUACCGUUGGAGCAACAAACAAAGAUAAACUUGUUGCUUUGCUUACAAAUCAAAUUUCAACACAGACGAUACCAAAACGAAUUUAUGAAAACAUGGCACAGCACUAUUGCUCCCCGCAUCUCUAUGGGCGACUUAGUGAUUUACGUAAAUUCAUUGAUGAAAAACAAGUUGACCAAAUUGAGUUUCAUAUUUUUGAAAAAAUCGUCAUCUAUUGUUGUGGUACAUCACUUAUGCCACAUCGAAAUAGCAAAAGGCGAAGAAUACAUCACUAUAAAUUAUGCUGA